UCAAUUUGCACAUUUAAGUCCAACCAGCUUCGAACAUCUGUGAAGGUUUCGUUGAAACAUGUGUGAUUAAGUUAUGAAAUGUUUUGUAUAUCGGUAAACGCGAUAGCAUCAUGGACAGUACAGUAGCAAACACAGAAAAUUAUACAUGCUUACAAGUCUUGCCUCGGAGACACAUCUGCCUCGAUAGUGUAUGAUAAUCAGGGUUUAAUGUUUCUAAUAGGAAAAGACGAGUUGAUGCAACUGCAGCAUAACAACGUGCUAGAGGAUAAAGCGAUAUAAUCUUAAGUCAGGUCAAGACCAGGCGUGGAAAUGAAUGUGACUGAAGAAGUCCAAAACCAGGAUGACGUAGAAAGUGGUUACAGUGACGAAGAGUCAGUAGAGGAGCAGAGUGAGCCUGAACGACACACAGAACCAACUGAUGAUCACGAAGAACCCUCUGAACAUGAGGAAGACGAAACUGAAGGAUAUCAAAAACCAAGAGAAUACCACGAAGAGGCUGAUGAAAGUGAACAGCUGCACGUUGAAACUGACCAGCGAAAACCAGAGGUAGACCCUAAAGAAUUCAAACAGCAGAUACUUAAAACUGAACAGAAGGGACAACCAAAAAAGGAUCAUGGGAAAUCUGAAGAGCAGCAGGUUGAGGUCAAAGAAGAAAAAGUAUCCGAAAAAGACCAAGAAGAAUCUAAACAGGAAACUGAAGACGACAAGGUUGGUGAACCAGUAGAACAAGAGCAGCUCGUCAUUGUUAAAAAAAAAGACAAACCGGAUGAUAAUUUCCCAGAAGCCUCGGGGCGUGAAUCUCCAAAGGCCCCACUGGCCACGUUUGAUGAUGACCAUGAUCUUGACGAGUUCGUGGACAUCCCGCAGGAAACAAUUCUAUAAGCGGCAGCGUUGCUCUCCAAAGUCCUUGUCCAUAUAACUGCUGAUAGAUUAGCCAUUUCAUUAUUAUAAUAAUGUAAUGUUUUCUCUGGUUAUCCACUAGUGGCUGUCAAUGAGAGAAUGUCCAAUUAACUAUUAUACCUUACUCAUCAUUUGUUCGAUGCUGUGUCAGCAUGUUAAGCCAUAAAUCGUACGCGUAUUUACCCCAUCGCAUACAUAAACUAUGUGCAUGGUCAGAUGUAAUGCAUUUGCGUCUGGCUAAUUCAUUUAUUUAUUUUUAUAAUUUACUACUAAGGUAAAUAUUUGUAAAAGCUUGUUCCAAUGCAAAGGAAGCAGGUAUUACGGGUCGUUAUAAAGGGCUGGAGUAGUAAGACGCUCUUACAAGUGUACUGGGAACUAAAAGCUGUGUGAAAUGUAACAUGGCUUCAAGUUAAUAUAGUUCCUAAUAAAAAUGAUGGUAAAUAAUUUUGAAGUUGUCAUAGCACACUUAUUCAAUUAAUCGACAAAUCGAUAAGUUUGACAUUUUAGAAAGCGUGUACCAUAUUUCGAAGCAAAACGAUAAAGUUCCCAAAACUUGCCGAUGCAUGAUUACCAUUAAUUCCCCAAAAUUUUUCAGUCAAGUAACAACCAAUAGGAAGUAUGAAACAUUAGAGGUUAACAUUAGGUAUUUUGGCGGAAGUUAUAAAUUCUUCAUACGGAGGCUCACAACGGUUUCCUUAUUUUUUCCAGUUUAUUGCUUAGUUUAUUUCUCUCAAAUAAUGAUAGCAGAGCAAACAUCGAUCACGUCUGGUCGAUUCCAGGUGUUUUCUAAGACGCAACCAGUUUCUGUAGAAACAAUAAAUCCACCGGAGGUAACCCUUAGUUUUGGGUUUAUAUGCCUGUAACCCUUAUAUGCCGGUAACCCUUAUAUGCCGGUAACCCUUAUAUGCCGGUAACCCUUAGUUUUGGGUUUAUAUACCUGUAAUUCAAACUUGAGGUCAGUGAUUCCAAUUUUUACAUUUGCUUUUUGGAUUACAAUCAGCGUAUCGAGAUUCCUUUUUUUUCUGCACAGUAAAAAAAACCCUUGCAGCUUAUACUUAGGCUCAGAGCCAUCUAGUCUUUUGAUAAUUAAAGGUAUCAACUGUU